CUCUAUAUUUUAUCAUGCACGCUGACAGUGGUUGCAGUCGAACAAAUCCUGUAACCUGGCUUGGAGUUGCGGGACAAAAUGUGCAAGUCCAGGUGAAGCGGGAACCACAGCACGUCCAAGUUUCAGAACUGGUUGCCGUCAAGCUUGAACAAGCGUCGCCUGGUAACAAGCCAGACCACCCGCCUCCGGCUAUACCGGCGUCGCUGAACAACGGUUCUAUUCCUGUCGGCAUCGCGGUCGCCCGACAACGAGUAGGCGAUGCGGGACUCCUCGCAGCGCUCUCCCAAAAAGACAACCAACAGCGCAUGCACGAUAUCGCCGCCACGUCACUGUGUUGUUGUGCAGACGCGGCGCAGGCGGCCAUGACGGUCGGCGUGGCGAACGUGCUCUGCGACGAGCGGCCCGCCCCCCUGGCGUGGCCGGCGCCGCCCACCGCCGCUCCCCCCGCGCCUCUCUGGCCCUACCCCGCUCAAAUGUCAAUGGAGAGCAUGAUGGUCGGCGGCGUCGGAGUUGGUGGAGUGGGUUCGGUGGGCAGUGGCAUGUCUGGCGGCUUCCAACUGGUGCGGGAUCCCACCUCGGGCGCCCUGCUGUUGUUACCCACACCGCCAGACCUGUCGCAUGCAGUAGUGUGGGGCGGGAUGCCUUACCAAUCUGCGCCACUCCUCCUGCCCCCCGCGCCGCAUCCUUCACACCACCUCCAGCUCUUACCCGGCGACCUCUUGGCUUCGACAGCCACGUUACAACAUACUCACACACAUUCUACGCGCCUAGUAACACUCGCUCCUGCGCCUCAGCCCCAGCCGCAUCCAGCGCAUACAGCAGAUAAACGGAAACCAAUAAUGCAACCGUUGAUCACGCCACAUUUAAUUAAAAUUGAACCUGAGCCGCCGCAAGAGAAACCACAACCUUCAUAUGCUCCGGAACCUGUUCAACAGCCGAUGAUCACCACCCAUUUGUAUUACCAGCCUGAUUACGCUGAGCAGGCGUGCCGGAGUCAGGCUACAUCUCCAGCUGCUCCCCCGACACCGCCGCCAGACGCCCCGGAGCUGCCAGCGCACAGAGAUGCUUCAAACCAAACCGAUCACAUCGACGAGGAUGAUGAGUCGCCUAAUAAUGCUGAUGAAGACGAGAGGGAUGUAGCCUGCGUCGGGGUAGCUCACUAUCCUGAUGAAAAUAUGAUGCAAAAUCAACCUCAAUUAUUACAUCCUCCGACUAUGGAUAGUGCUGAAGAGUCAUCUUCGGAAGGUCUUGCGACGUCUGUCGUCGGCGCUGUUGAGAAAGCUAUAGAUGCGAUAGAGAGGGAUGAGACAUUAGACAACUCAAAUAGCAACGCGUCUAACGAUCUUGUAAUAGACACAGCGAGGACAACUCCCAUUCCACAGCCUACACUACCUUCAAGGCCUCCUGUUGAUGUUAGUGGUUUAGAAUUGCUGUCAAACAGCAUUGAACAGUUUGAACGCACUACUCCUGGAACUAGUAUGCCAACGUUAGAUCCCGCACCCUUGACUAUCGAUACAAGAACACCGACUAAGUUAAACAUUUUAAUUAAAACGUCUCCAAAAUCCCCUCCCAGAACCGAGGUGGAGCCUCACAGAAGGUUUGAAUUCCCAUCAGCGGAUCCAUCUACCAGUGAACAGGCAAAGCCUUCGCUCGAUGGUCUAGGACUGUUAUGUGCUUUAGCGGAACAGAGAUUUAUGGAAGAAGUAGUAGACAACCCUCCGUCAAACAUACCUAUUACAACCCGUCCCUUUAUUAAAACUGAACCUCUAUUAAGCCCCACCGAUAGGAGUCGCUCAGCGGAUUCUUCUUCAAAUAAAAAAGACAGACAUAGGCAUAGAGACGCCGAUUCGAGCGGCGAAAGAAGAAAAAUACGUAGCCGUGACAGAGAAGAACGAUUAAGACAUAAACUGGAAAAAAUGCGGCGGCACAAGCGAGAUCGAGAAAGAGAUGAAGCGAGGAAUAGCGGAGGUGAGUUGGAGACAAGCUUAAGACGUGUGACUGCGUGCUCAUGCAACUCAGUGUCUUGUACUCAUACGUCCAACGUUCGUACAGCUCACGCCCUAGCCAGUGCAAUAGAAAAGGAUAUGCGCGAGAGACUUUUGGCCUUGGAAAGACAGUUUGAUGAGAGGAAAGCUCAGUUGGAAGCAUUGAAUCCCCCUUUACAAACGUUAUCAGCAUCUACAACACCUUCUACGCCAGCUUUGUCACCAGAUUCCGAUAGAGGUUCAUCCAAAAAACGCAAAGUGGGAAGACCGCGAAAGGUAUCAAGUCCAGACUCUACUGAAACAAUAGUUGCCAAGAAGCCGAAAUCAAAGAGCAGUCUUGUGGGCUAUCUGUUGGCAAAAGGAAAGCUCAAAGGCGGUAUAUUGUGCACAAGAGGAGAACCUUCUAGAGAAGAGGUUAACAGAACAAGCAAAGUGCGACCGAAGUUAAAAGCUGAACCAAUUAUGAAGGCCUGCUCUGAUCAGGAAGAAGGUGAAUGGGGACUUAAUCGGUCAGCUAGUUCUUCUAUGGAGAGUCUUAACGAAGUGAGGCAGAAAAAUAGGGAGAAGGUGGAUCGCUUAGUCAGAAAACAUUCAAGAGAUGACAUACCCGAACUUGAGUUUGCUUUACGGCGCGCGAGUGCGUCUAGUGACAGUGAGAAAGAAAGGCGGCGGGCGAAGAAGAGGCGAAAGAGUCACAAAUCUAAAGAGAGGAAUGGUGACGAGCUAAGGGCAUCGACAUCGGUUCCUAAUGCGCCCAUCCAGAUAUCUAAGUGUACCUUAACAGAGGACAAACUCGACAAUUCGCCAAGAGUACUUACUGCCAUGGGUGGAUUGUUUUAUGCAGGAAAAUUGAGCGCUGUUACCGCACCAGAUGUAUAUGCCAUUACCCUUGAUGGGGAAAGAGGAAAUAAGCCUCACAUACUGUCGAGAGAAGAAACUUUGAGGGAUGCUAUAUUAGAAGUAAGCCCUACUUCAGUAAGCGAACUGCCGUCAGGGUCUAGAGUGUGUGCCUAUUGGUCACAGCAAUACAGAUGUCUAUACCCUGGCACUGUGGCCGUCUCGUCUCCGGACCCUCAUGACGACAAGUUCGUUGCCGUCGAAUUUGAUGACGGAGAUUCUGGCAGGAUAGCCAUCGAGGAUAUCAGGUUCUUGGAACCGAAUUAUCCUGUUGUAGAAUAUGAAAACCCACUGUUCACUCUCGGUAAAAGAAGAAGAAACACCAGUGUUAGCGGUGUCAGCACCGACGAAAAGAAAGUUACUGUGCCGCCUACGCCUACUACUUCCAGUGAACCUAAACCAUCGACUUCAGAACAGGUGGUUGAGGAGAAACCUAAAGACGAGGAAGAUAGGCACAAAGACAGAAAGAAAAUGAAGAAGCAUCGAAAAGACAAAUUGAAACGGCAUUCCAGCGAGGAUGACCCCAACUCCGUCGAAUACGUUAAGAAAAAGAAAAAGAAACACAAGUGCUGUGAGGAGCACUGCAAGCACCGGCGGCACCACAAGAAACACCACAGGAAACACAGGAAAAGACAUCACUCAAGUUGCAAGGAGCAUUCUAGUUCAUCUGGCGACGAUCAACAAAGAGUCAAGUCUUCCUCAGACUACAUUGAUUCAAAUAAAUCCAACGAAGACUCGGUGGACUCUAAUGACAGACUCUCCACAUUGAUCGCUGUGGAAAAGUCCCCAGACGACAAAAUGAAGACUGUGAUAAAGAAAGCUGUUUUGUCCAAGAAAAACCUCGUCAAAAACGCCGUUUUAGAUUUCAGCAAUUUGGGUAAAAUCACUGUGAAAAAGGACGAAGAGACUAAAGAUAACUUAAAAGAUAGUGGAAUUGGUUUAGACGAUGAAAUAGCUUCGACAUCUACAAGUGAUGCUAAAAAGAAGGCGAAGCGUCGUACGGUGUCGGCAACAUCAUCAGACGGUGGCGCCGGCGCCGGCGUCAGCAAGAUGGCCGCCUUCCUGCCCGGCGGCGCGCUGUGGCGCUGGCACGGGGCCGCCUACCGCCGCACCGCCAGGCCCAGGCUCAAGAAACUCUUCUACCGUGCCAUACAACGCGGCGAGGAAACCUUACAGGUGGGUGAAGCGGCGGUGUUCCUGUCAACGGGCCGCGCAGACCGGCCCUACAUCGGGCGCAUCGUGGCGCUGUGGGAGGCGCGCGGGGCCAUGGCUGUGCGCGUCAAGUGGUUCUACCACCCCGAGGAGACUGUCGGCUGUGCCGGACAACUGCAAUACCCGGGAGGCCUUUUUGAAUCUCCACACACGGACGAGAAUGACGUUCAAACGAUAUCUCACAAAUGCGAAGUGUUACCUCUCGCGCAGUACAAGGAGCGCAUGGGCGACGACCCGGUCAAGUACAGCACUGUGUAUGACAAUAACGACGUGUACUACCUCGCCGGGCACUACGACCCCACGCAGCAGAGCCUGCGCAUGGAACCCGAUAUACCGUUCGCGAACAAGACGAACUCUUAAGAGAUCUGUCGCCCUAGUACUUUGACAUUAACGUCAUUGUGUCGAGUGAAGAAACGUAAAACAAGUUUAUUUUGUGCAAUAACGAUCUUGAUCGUUUGUUUUUUUUUCUGAAGUACAUUACAGUACAGUCACUGUUACGUGACGUAGUAAUUUAAAGAGUACACAAUUUUAUCUAUCUUGGUGUUAGCGUGUUAUAAAUAGAUUUUUGCAAUUUAAAUAAAUGAAUAUGUUUCUUCCAUUAACCGAUCGUAGCUCGGAAAUUCACCUAUACAGGUCUUAAAGUACAAUGUAGAUUUUUGAGGCUCAAAUUGUGACAAUUUUCUCAGAUUCACCCGUCCUUAGGCGACGAACUUAUAUUGACGUAAUAAAACUCGAUUAUCUUAAAAAGUUACCCUCGUUACGUUAUAUUUAGUGGUAUCCAUUUGGAGUGUUGAGUAAUUCCCUGGUAGUGGGCCGAGUGGGUGCGGUGGUUGCCGUGUGCCGGACGCGCGACCGACGUGAUGAUAUGUGAUUUUAUUUUUUAUACGUGUAACGCUGUAAUCUCAGUGUAUAGAUGUAUUUUUCAUGUAUAUUAUUCGAUUAGAUUUUAUGUAUACGUAGUUUUUCUUGGUAUAAAUGUCUAUUA